AUGUCGCACGCUCAAUUCGACUACGCGUCGCCACAGAAUCCACACCAUAGCAAUGGCGGUGUUUUUAAUGAGGGCGCCAUGUAUGAAUCUAAGAAGAACAGGGAUGGUCGAGCGAGCAUCACCCACGGCGGCGAAGUUGCCAAUGCCGACGAGCUGCUCAAUGUCCUGGGCUAUCAGUCCGAGCUCGUUCGCUCACGGUCGACCUUCCAGGUAGCUUUCAUGUCCUUCGUCCUGGCCUCGGUACCGUACGGUUUGGCUACCACCCUCAUCUACCCCAUUGCAGGCGGUGGACCCGUUGCGGUCAUUUGGGGUUGGUGCGGUGUUUGCGCCAUCAUCGGAUGUCUCGCUGUCUCGCUUGGUGAGAUUACCUCCGUAUACCCUACAGCAGGUGGUGUCUACUAUCAAACAUUUAUGCUCUCACCGCCCAGUAUUCGCAGAAUCACUGCCUGGAUCUGUGGCUGGGCUUAUGCGCUUGGUAACAUCAUCAUCACCUUGUCCGUCAACUUUGGCACCACGCUCUUCUUCAUUGGCUGCAUCAACAUCUUCCAGGAUUCUGAAGGUAAUGGUAUCUGGGCUCCGGAGACGUAUCAAUACUACCUCCUGUUCCUUGCCAUCACUAUCACCUGCAACUUGAUCACUGCCCUUGGCAACAGAUUCCUGCCUCUGCUUGAUACCAUGGCCAUCUACAUGACUUUCGCCGGCGUCUUCGCGAUCCUCAUCUGUACACUUGCCAUCGCCAACAAUGGCCGCAACAGCGCUAGCUUCGCCUUCGGCAACUUUACAGCCUCAACUGGGUGGGUCGAUGGCUGGUCGUUCAUGAUCGGGCUUCUUCACGCUGCGUACGCCACGUCUGCGACCGGCAUGAUCCUCAGCAUGUGUGAAGAGACCCAGCACCCGGCCACCCAGGUUCCCAAGGCCAUGUGUGGCGCUUUGUUCCUCAACUGGCUCUGCGGCUUCCUCUUCCUGGUGCCUCUAAUGUUCGUCCUGCCGGCCCUCGAGGAUGUUAUCAAUGAUCCCAAUGCACAGCCUCUGCCUUUCAUUCUCCGAGAUGCCAUUGGUAACGAGGGCGGCGCGUUCGCACUUACAGUACCCAUCCUCGUACUCAGCAUCCUUUGCGGCACCGCCUGUACGACUGCCUCAUCCCGCUGCAUCUGGGCUUUCUCGCGCGACGGUGCGAUGCCCGGAUCUGGUAUCUGGAAGAAGGUCAACACCAAGCUCGAUAUGCCCUUGAAUGCCAUGCUUCUCUGCACGACCGUCGAAGUCUUGCUAGGCCUUAUCUACUUCGGGUCUACCGCGGCUUUCAAUGCCUUUUCUGGCUCUGGUGUGAUCUUCUUGACGAUCGCGUACGUUAUGCCUAUAGCAGUGAACCUGUUCACUGGCCGCAAGCAUCUAAAGGCUGGCGCCUGGAAUUUUGGCAUCAUCGGUCUGAUUUGCAACGUUGUUGCCGUCGCAUGGUCCAUCCUUAUUACCCCACUGUUUAGCUUCCCCUUCUUCAAUCCCGUGACCGCAGAGACCAUGAACUAUGCGUCGGUCGUGUUUGUGGGUGGUACCUUGGCUUCCAUCAUCUGGUAUCUCGUUUGGGGCCGGAAGCACUACAGAGGCCCUCCUACUCAGGAUGACGACAUUCUGCGGCGGCGUAGCUCUAUCAUUGAGCAAUGA